CACAUUAAUUAUGUUGGUACUAGAGGCUGUCAUAGAACUGCCUUUGAGUUCUGUAAAAUGUUAAUGAGUUUGGAUCCAGAGACUGAUCCAUUGUGUGUUCUAUUAAUGAUUGACUAUUAUGCUGUCAGAGCCUGUGACUAUCAGUUCCUCAUUGACAUGGACAAGAGAUGGGGAGCUAAAAGGAACUUGUCUCAGCUUCCUAACUGUGCAUUCUCCAUUCCACUGGCAUUCUUCCAUCAGAGUCUCUCAUUAUCUGAGGAUGAAGCAAGAGCUACUUCUCUAGAAGAAGCUGAUCAGAAGCUUCAAGCAGCACUGAUCAUGUUUCCUUCACUAUUGGUGCCACUCUUGGAUAAGUGUGGAGUACAUAUUGAUCCUUCUGCUCGAAAUCAUGCCUACUUCACAUCAGCAAGAAAGGAUCCUGAUCCAUUGAAGCUAUUAAUAAUGCUUUAUAUUGAGAGGGGGCACUCACUGUGGAAGGAACCUGAGGUUAGUAAUGAAAGGAGAGGAGGGGGAGAUGAUGCUAAUGGAAAAAUUUUGCUAAAGACCAUGGAUAUAUGUACUAUAGUGCAUGGUAUUUUAUAUAAUGUCUAGAAAAUACUUGGUAUACAUGAUGUUUGUUCUUAUUUGUGU